AUGGCCAGCGACACAGGCCGGCGCCGGCUGCCCACAGUCCUCGUGCUCGACUUCUGGGAUUCGUACACUCGCAACGUUCUCCGCCUCGUCCACCAGAUCGCGGCGGGGAUGCACUUUGAUGGACAACAGGAGUGGGACUGCACAGACUGGCAGGACCGGGUCGUCGUGCUGAAUGUGGAUUCGCUGUCCUGGGAGUCUUUCGAGCACGACAUCCUCCCGUACAUCGACUGUGUCGUACUCGGACCCGGGCCUGGGACGCCGCACCGUCAGGCGGACUUUUCGUGGCCUACGAGGUUGAUCCAGCAGGUUGGCGACCGGAUUCCCAUCUUCGGGUUGUGCCUCGGGUUGCAGGGCCUCGCGACGAGCUUUGGCGGCACCGUCGUGAAAGCCUUCGCACCGAAACACGGCCAGAUCAGCCAGAUCCGCCACACCGCUGGCUCGCAGGACUCGCGCAACCUCUUCACCGACGUGUCGAACGAGUUCGAUGCCGUCCAGUACAACAGCCUCGUAGUCGACCCAAAGUCGCUGCCUGCGGAACUCGAGGCGAUUGCCUGGACGAAAGAUGCGAAGGGUGCCGACGAGAUCAUGGCGCUGCGGCAUCGCGAAAGACCGUUGUACGGCGUGCAGUUUCACCCAGAGUCCAUCUCCUCGACAAGUGGCGCUCGCAUUCUCAGCAACUUCUUCCACCUCGCACUCGACUUCCACGACACCGCGUCCCGGUCUCGACCCCCGUCUGCAAAUCUCCCGACGCACAUCCUCUCGCUCUCGACCGCUUGUCGCCCUCCGCCAACCCCUUCACCAUCCUCCACUCCGAGCCUACGCUACGAGUUGCGGACUGAGAGGAUCGAGUCGGACCGCGAAUGGACGCCGCAGCGAGUUUUCGAGGAAUUGGUCAAAGGGCGGAGUCCGGUUGGCGAGGUGUGGCUUGAUUCGGCGAGGCCCACUGGCCUGCCGCAGUACGCCCACCUCUUCGCGCCACAAGCUACCUUCGCCUACUCCGUCGCCUCCCACUCCCUCCUCAUCCGCGACGCCGCCGCCUCUCGCCAAGUACAACUGCCUGCCGACUCGACCUUCUAUACGUCCAUCAGCAACGUACAGCAAGCAUUCCGAUGUGCGACCCGCGACUCCCGGCCAGACGGCUGUCCGCCCUGUCCCAUCGGUUUCGUCGGCUCGAUCGGCUACGAGAUGAAGGACGUCACGCUUCCGCUGAGUGCGCGACCUUGCUUGAGAAUCAAUGAGAAGGACGAGGCGCAGCCAGAGGCGGUGCUGGCAUUUGCCGACCGCGUCUUGUCGUAUGCGUACGAUUCGGGCGAAUGGGCCGCAAGCGGACUCGUGGUGACGGGCCAGCUACCUGAAGAUGUCGAUGACCUGACGUCCGGUCUCGGCACAGAGGAGAAGGAAUGGGACAUGUGGUUGUCGACGAUUCGCCAGACUCUCGCCUCGACCCCUCCUCGGACUCCGUCCCAGACGCCCGCGCCGCUUCCUACCAACUUCACCCCCGACCAGUUUCGCUCCAACUACAUGGAGUCGAUUGAGCGCGCGCGCCAGUCCAUCAUCGCCGGCAACGCCUACGAGCUCUGCCUCACCACCCAAUUCCGUUCGACCUUACCCGCCGACUCGCCGCUCGUCGCCGACCCGUACCCUCUCUAUCUCCAACUCCGCGCGACCAACCCUGCACCAUACUCCGCCUACUUCCACCUUCCGUCGUCCGACCUCACCCUACUCUCGUCUUCGCCAGAACGCUUCAUCCGCAUCGACCGCCACGGGCGCGCGGACAUGAAGCCGAUCAAGGGCACUGUCCGCCGAGCCCCUGAUGACCCUGCCGAAGACGAGCGACGCAAGCAGGCGCUCGAGGCGGACACAAAGGAGCGCGCCGAGAACCUCAUGAUCGUCGACCUCAUCCGGAACGACUUGCUCGCCAGCUGCACGGUCGAGAGUGUCGAGGUGCCGAAGCUCAUGAAGGUUGAGACGUAUCAAACGGUACACCAGCUCGUCACGACCGUGGUCGGCCAGCUUGGUGCAGGCGUCGCGCCGUUUGAAGCGCUGGCUAGGGCUUUCCCGCCCGGCUCGAUGACCGGCGCACCAAAGCUGCGGAGUCUGCAGCUGCUGGACGAGCUCGAGCGGCAUGUUCCGCGACGCGCCUAUUCGGGCGUCUUCGGGUACCUCGCCGUCGACGGCUCGAGCGACUGGUCUGUCGUCAUCCGCACGCUCGUCAAGCGCGGUCGAGAACUCACUCUCGGUGCCGGCGGCGCCAUCACGCAUCUCUCAGAUCCCGCGAAGGAAUGGGAGGAGGUCCUCACCAAGGCCGACGCCGUCCUGGGGCGUGCAGCUUCUUGA